AUGGAGGUCAAGGGGAGACCACGCACGCCCGAGGAGGAGGUAAGGAGGACCACACCAGAGGAGGUCAAGGAGACACGAAGUGAGGAGGUCAAGGAGACCACGACGGAGGAGGUCAAAGAGACGCCCGAGGAGGAGGUCAAGGAGACCACGACAUCCAGAGUUCACAAUGCACAGGCCUUGAGCUGGGAGAACGUAGGAUGCGCCGAGAAGCCGUCUCCUAGCAUCAGGGAGGCUGGGUCCUGCGGGCUAGGAGGCACCACCACCGUCAUCGGCUGGGACCUCAAAAGGGGAGUGUUCGUGCCAGAAAUUGAACUCUGCUUCAACAAGGAAAUCGAGACGACACUCUACUCGCACCAUGUUGUUCCUGGCAGACACAUCGGCCAGAAGACGGUCGAGCCGGGUCGCCCCUCCUUCAAGAAAGCCGACAUGUUCUCCGUCAGCGUCCAGAACUUAUACCGUAUAAGAAGGCAAAAGAGCCUUGUCCAGGAGCUGCUGGAUGACCCUUCUCUCCUCACCGGCAAAGGUCAGCAUUACCUGGCCAAAGGUCACCUCACACCGGACUCCGACUUCGUGCUGGAGGCCGAGCAGGACGCGACCUACUACUACGCCAACGCUGUUCCGCAGUGGCAGGCCAUCAACAACGGGAACUGGAAGAGCUUAGAAAAUUCCGUGCGAGAGUUGGCCGAAAAACACGGGCGCAAUUUAGACGUCUGGACAGGAACCCAAGGCGUCUUGGAGCUCCCGGGCAGAAGGCAGCGGCCAGUCAAGGUGUACCUCGGCCUCUCCGACAGCAAGGAGAUUGUUCCUGUCCCUGCGUACAUGUGGAAAGUGAUCUAUGAGUCGUACACCAACCAAGCCGUGGCGAUCGUGAUGGCCAACAACGUCAAGGACCAGGGAGCAGCAGACCAGGCUCCUCCCUGCGAAGACAUCUGCGCCUGGCUCUCUUGGGUGGAUUGGGACGUGCGGGACGCGAGCAGCGGAAGGACCUACUGCUGCUUCGUGAGCGACUUGAAAGCCUCCUUUGAGAAUGUGCCUGACCUCGGCCGGGUUAGACUGCUCAGCAACUGAAGUCCUCGUGGGGAUCGUGAAGUAGCUAAAGGCCUUAGGGAUGUUGGUAUAACAGCUAAGGUCACUGAAGGCCUUGAAGGAAGGGAGGGGAAUGAAGUAUUAAUAAAAUGAUAAAGUAAUUGAA